AUGAUCAAGACUAUCAUACCUUAUGGUUCAUCUAUAUCGAAUACUAUUAAACCAUCAUUGAUCAGAUUCACUCCUCCUCAUCAAUCUUUAUCAACCAUAAGAUCAUUCCAUCAAUCAUUAACCAAUCAUCAUGGUCAUCUUCAUAAACCAAAUCCAGGAGAAGAGCUUCAUAUAACAUUCAUAACCAAAGACGGCCAGCAGAUCACUUAUGAAGUUGCCGAAGGUGAUAAUGUCUUGGAUAUAGCCCAAGCUCAUAAUUUAGAUAUGGAAGGAGCAUGUGGAGGUUCAUGUGCAUGUUCAACUUGUCAUAUUAUUGUUGAUCCUGAAUUUUAUGAUGAAAUUCCUGAACCUGAUGAUGAUGAAAAUGAUAUGUUGGAUUUAGCAUUUGGAUUAACUGAAACUUCAAGAUUAGGAUGUCAAGUUAAAAUGAGAAAGGAAUUAGAUGGUAUAAGAGUUGCUUUACCAGCUAUGACUCGUAAUUUACAAUCCAAAGAUUUUAAUAAUUGA